UGUCUACCAGAACCAUGAGACUUGAACUUGCAUCUGUCUUACUGUGCUCACUUGCAUUCGCUGUUGCGGAAGAUACUUCCCGAUGUCCUGGGGGAUUUAUUAAGCACGGUGGUGCUUGCUAUUGGUUCUCCAGAAUAAAAGGAACAUUUGCUGAGGCAAGAUCCUACUGUCAGUUCCUUGGGAGCCACCUUGCCCGGAUAACCAGCAAAGACGAGGACAAUUUCCUUAGAAGCCAUGCAACUGGAACAGGGAAAAGCUACUGGCUUGGUGCCAUGGAUCUCGGCAGGGAAGGGGCGUUCAUGUGGGAGGGGGGCUUUCCCCUCAACUACACCAACUGGACACCUGGAGAACCUAACAACUUGAGCACAGGGGACAAGCUGGAGCUAUGUCUGAUACUAUAUAGACAUUAUGACCAUGAGUGGAACAAUGUUGACUGUGGUUCAGCCGAGAACUUCAUAUGUGAAAGGAGGGUGUCCGGAUGUUGCUGCAGCAAAUGAAGUGUGCUCAUUGAUUAAUGAAAUACUACACAUCGAGUCGACCCUUUUCAAUAUACUUCACAAGCAAUCAAAGACAAUUGUAAUCAAUUAUAUUUAGCUUCAAAGUUAACGUUUUGGUAUAUGUAUGCUAUCAAGAAAUAAA